AUGCUAGGACCAGUGCUGAGUGGUGGGCUUGUAGCAGUACCCCUGGAUGAAACUACACCUUUGAUAUCGAGUGAGUCACAGAGUUUGAGUCGCACCAAGGCCAAUGUAAUAGUUGCAACGCUGUCAGUUGGCAGUUUUCUCGCAGCUUUGGAUAUGACGGUGGUUACGACUCUUCUGCCAAAUAUAGCGUCCGACCUCGAGGCAAGCUAGCAAAUGUCGUGGAUUGCUACGUCGUACUUACUAUCGUGCAGUUCUUUCCAGCCUAUGUACGGAAAGCUGUCAAACGUUUUUGGCCGUCGAGAAAUGCUAGUGUUUGUCAAUCUGAUUUUUGCACUGGGCUGCUACCUAUGUGGCUCCAGCUUCUCACGCGGUAUCUGGACCCCGUCCAUAGCGAAAUUUAUCGCUGGGAUCGGUGGUGGCGGAAUGACUGCCUUAUCGACCAUCGCGAUUAGUGACUUCAUUCCACUCAGAAAGCGUGGACUGUACCAAGGCCUGGGCAAUAUUUUCUUUUCCCUGGGAUCUGCGUCUGGCUCCAUCCUCGGUGCACUCUUACAGAGAUCGGUGGGUUGGCGUUGGGCCUUCCAGGUACCUGUGGCGCUCACAAGUGCUACUUUGGUGUAUUUUACGCUGAGGCUUCCUGAUAACUCUCCAGGACGUGGCAGUCUGUGGGUCGAGAUUAAAGAGAAGAGCUAUUUCCACUAGUCUCAAAUUCCACAACUAAUUGACCUCGUUGGUUGCGUCUCCCUUGUCACUACCAUGCUUGUUCUAAUGAUUGUCAUCACUUCUCUCGAUAAUCCCGAAAGCCUGGGAUUGUACGGAUGGAUUGCACUUACUUUUAUACUAGUCUUUGCAUCAGCGUAUUUCGUGCGCACCGAGAUGAGUGUGGAGAACCCAGUGAUUCCGCUGAGACUGGUUUUUAGAAACCGGACUGUGUUGUCGUCGUCAUUCACAAAUUGGUUCAACACAAUGGCUAUGUUCGCAGUGAUGUACUACAUGCCAGUCUUCUGGCAGAGCGUGUACGGGCUUUCUCCGUGGAAGGUUGGAAUCCGAUCCAUCUCUAACUUCGUCAGCCUCUCAACUGGCUCAAUGGCGGCUGGGCUGUACAUGAGAAAGACCGGGAAGUAUCGCACUUACUCGCUGGUGAUCUACACACUAUUUGUACUUGGAAUUUUGAGUCUCUUUGCUUUAACCUUCUGCCGCAAUUCUCUGGGCUACAUUGAGUACAUUGUAUUGUUUGUUCCAGGUGCCGGGUAUGCAACCAUGCUAACCGUAACGCUGUUAGCACUCAUUGCAAGCAUAGAUUUCUCACACCAGGCUCAAGUUACGUCUAUUCAUUACGCAUUUAGGGCCACAGGAUCUACACUCGGAGUGGCGCUAGCUGGUCUUGUAUAUCAAACUGGGCUAAAAUACAAUUUAGACACAACAGUGAAGGGGAAUAGUGAGCUGCUAUACAAAUACGGCGAUGAGAAAAUGGAAAAAUGGUGCCAAGAAAUAAUUAAAGAAAGUCUCUUCGACACCUCAUUUGACGAGGUUUUGCAUUAUCAGUCCACGGGCUCUUUCAUGUUUGGCAGUCAAGCCGCUAUUAUCUUGGCGCUCGUCGUGGCUUCUUUUGGUGUGUUUGCCAGUACAUUUACCAGAGAAUAUCACUUACACACAUCCGUUCCUACC